UGAUGGGCAGGGGUAGUAACCAAUCAUGAAACGAUUACAAGGAUUCAAAUUACGUCAGUAAAGUGUACUUCUGCGCAAAUCUACAGAAGCGCAUGCAGAGAAAUGCCCACGCCCCCUCGGUGCGCGUUUGUUUGUUUGGGUAGCAUAGCAGCCGGCUAGGCUCUCCGGAGCCGCUGAGAAACCUCUCAAAGGUUAGAUAUAACAUCUCCAUUGUGGAUUGUCGACUGCAGAGGACUUGUUUGUGUUGAGAGUGUUUUGGAGAAGUUGAUAAAGAGCAUGAUCGCGGAGCAAAAAUACAAGAUUGGAUAUAAACAAACCGCGUCGUCGACGAGAGAUGGACCGGACUAUGAGCUCAGCUGCGCUCGCUUGGAUAAAGUCUUCAGCUGACACAGAGGGGGACUGGAAUCUGGAGUGCAUUCAUGAGCGACCACAUUCAAAAUAGAUCAUAAAGACCCCAAAGAACAUAAGUUUAAACAGGAAACGAGGACCAUUUGAGGAUUAAGUAAUCUAGGUCUUAGUUCAUAAAUAAAGUGUAAAUCAAUCCUAAAUAUUUUUCUUUCAUUUUGUUAUAUUUUCUUUUUGUUUUAUUGUUCUUUAACAUCCUAGAAGGUUAUUUCUGGGAUUAAAUCCUGAUUUUCAAUGCUUUUUUAGACCCAGAUGUAUUCAGAGGACAUGGAGAGUGAAGAUAUGGAGAAAGAGGCACUGGACAGGCGAUAUGCUUGGGAGCCCAGCAUCUUCUAUUCUCCUGGGAACGAGACCUUUUUCUUUACUGGGCAGGAGAUCAGCAUCCGAGAAUCACUUGACUCUUUUGGUGCCGUCAUCUGGCCAGGCGCUGUGGCUCUUUGCCGGUACUUGGAGAAGAACCGGGAACAGGUUGACCUGAUGGAUAAGGCGGUGCUUGAACUUGGAGCGGGAACAGGCUUGGUGUCCAUUGUGGCAACUUUACUGGGUGCCUGGGUCACUGCCACAGAUCUCCCCGAUGUCCUGAGCAACUUAAACUUUAAUCUUUUCCGUAACACACGGGGACGUUGCAGGUACACACCUCAGGUGGCGGCUCUGAAAUGGGGUCGGGACGUUUCACGUCAUUUUCCCAGCUCUGUCUACCAUUACGACUACGUGAUGUGUGCAGACGUGGUCUAUCAUCACAACUAUCUGGAAGAUCUACUUAUCACCUUGCAACACUUCUGCAAGCCUGGCACCACCCUGCUGUGGGCGAAUAAGGUACGAUUCCAGUCUGACCUGUGCUUCACAGAAAACUUCAAAAAUGCUUUUAACACAACAUUGCUGAAAGACAUCCCACAAGAGGAGGUCAGGAUCUACCAGGCCACAGCAAAGAAGUGAACAAAAUCAAGCCAGAAAGAGAGAACCUAUAAGAGAGAGUUUUAAAGGGACAGUUCACCCAAAAUGAAAAUUCUUUCAUAAUUUUCUCACUCUAUGUUUGCCACAAACCUGUAUAAAUUCAUUUAACUGCUCUGCAGAACACAAAGGAAGAUAUUUUGAGGAAUGUUUACAACAAAACUAAUCAAAGGUCCCAUUGACUUCCAUAGUAGGAAAAAAAGAAUACUAUGGAAGCCUCUGAUAUAUUCCUUAAAAUAUUUGUGUGUUCAUGAGAACAAAGAAAUUUAAACAGGUUUGUAACAACAAAAGAAUGAGUAAAUGAUAACAGUUUUUAUUUUUGGGUGAAUUGUCCCUUUAAAAUUGAUUCCAGUAACACUGAAGUGACGAUGCUCCACCUGUGGGCUGGGAUGCAGAAUUACAAUCAAUGAAGCCAACUGUUGAGCUUAAUCAUUUCUACUCAAGAAGAUACCACAUGUACAAUAACCAUGAUUCCUUUGUAUUUUUGUGUUUGAUAACUUUAGAAACCCAUGUAAUUUAAGUCUAUUUAUUAAACUUUACUUGCAUCAGCAUGUUUUGAUUUUAAAUCUUACAUAAUCAUUACAUAUACUUUCUUUUUUAUUAUUAUUAAAUAACUUCUUGCAACAUG